CUCGCGUAAUCCGGAAUGCGAAAGCUUGAGAGCUACGUGUCGUUUGUUGGUAGUACCACGUGCCUUGAAUCUGACCAAUCAUGGGGCUCGGUUUGUUCUUAUCUGACCAAUGCGGUGCCGACACGACGAGGAGCCACCACUUAUACCAUGCCUUCCAUACAACUGCUGUCUGUCAGUUACUCGGCGUGAAUCGAGUUGUUCGUGAGAGGUUGUAGACUCGUGCCGGCUGCCUGAGCGUUCUGUUGUCAGUGUUCAUCUGGAGUUUCCAGAACGAAUUGUGCCUACAAGAUGCACAAAGUAUCGUUAUGCCUUACGGCAGCGCUCUUGUGCGCUGUCGUUUCCUCUGCGAAGAAAGACAGCGACGCAGCGAAAGACAAAGAAAGCGUCGGCACUGUCAUAGGCAUUGAUCUGGGAACGACAUAUUCCUGUGUCGGUGUCUUCAAGAAUGGGCGAGUGGAAAUUAUUGCCAAUGAUCAGGGAAACCGUAUCACGCCCUCUUACGUUGCUUUCACUGCUGAAGGUGAACGUCUUAUUGGCGAUGCAGCUAAGAAUCAGCUGACUAGCAAUCCUGAGAACACUGUUUUCGAUGCCAAGCGCCUUAUUGGCCGGGACUGGAAUGACCCGUCUGUCCAGCAUGAUGUCAAGUACUUCCCAUUCACUGUGAAAGAAAAAAAUGGCAAGCCUCACAUUCUGGUCAAGACCUCUGGAAAAGAUGAGAAAAUUUUUGCUCCCGAGGAGAUAUCUGCCAUGGUUUUGUCAAAGAUGAAGGAAACUGCAGAGGCUUACCUUGGCAAGAAAGUAACCCAUGCUGUUGUGACAGUGCCAGCCUACUUCAACGAUGCCCAACGCCAGGCCACCAAGGAUGCUGGAACCAUUGCAGGUCUCAAUGUGAUGAGGAUUAUCAAUGAACCCACCGCUGCUGCAAUUGCAUAUGGUCUUGACAAAAAGGAGGGCGAGAAGAACAUCUUGGUCUUUGACUUGGGUGGUGGCACCUUCGACGUCUCUCUCCUGACCAUUGACAAUGGGGUCUUCGAAGUCGUGUCUACCAAUGGAGACACUCACCUUGGUGGAGAAGACUUUGACCAGCGUGUAAUGGAGCAUUUCAUCAAGCUGUACAAGAAGAAAACUGGCAAGGAUGUUCGCAAGGACAAUCGUGCUGUGCAGAAGCUUCGUCGUGAAGUUGAAAAGGCAAAGCGUACGCUAUCGACUGCUCACCAAGCUAGGAUUGAAAUCGAGUCCUUUUUUGAUGGAGAAGACUUCAGUGAGACUCUGACCCGGGCCAAGUUUGAAGAGUUGAACAUGGACCUCUUCCGUUCCACAAUGAAACCAGUACAGAAAGUGCUUGAGGAUGGUGACUUGAAGAAGAGCGACGUUGACGAAAUUGUGCUGGUGGGUGGCUCUACCAGGAUCCCUAAAGUGCAGCAGCUGGUCAAGGAGUUCUUCAAUGGCAAGGAGCCCACCAGAGGCAUCAACCCAGAUGAAGCUGUGGCCUAUGGUGCUGCAGUGCAGGCUGGUGUGCUUGGAGGAGAGGAAGACACUGGUGAUCUUGUACUUCUUGAUGUUAACCCAUUGACCCUUGGCAUUGAGACGGUUGGUGGUGUCAUGACAAAGCUGAUCCCUCGCAACACAGUUAUUCCCACCAAGAAGUCUCAGAUCUUCUCCACUGCAUCUGAUGAUCAAUCGACAGUAACCAUUCAAGUGUACGAAGGAGAGCGACCUAUGACCAAGGAUAAUCACCAGCUGGGCAGGUUUGAUUUGACUGGAAUUCCUCCAGCACCACGAGGUGUGCCUCAGAUUGAAGUCACUUUUGAGAUUGAUGUCAAUGGCAUCCUGAAAGUCAGUGCUGAGGACAAGGGCACUGGCAACAAGCAGAAGAUAGUCAUCAGCAAUGACCAGAACAGGCUUACUCCCGAAGACAUUGAACGGAUGGUUAAGGAUGCAGAGAAGUUCGCUGAUGAGGACAAGAAAGUUAAAGAGAAAGUGGAGGCCCGCAAUGAACUGGAGUCCUAUGCCUAUUCACUCAAAAACCAGGUGGACGACAAAGAGAAGCUUGGUGCCAAGUUGGAUGCCAAGGAGAAAACUACCAUCAAGGAGGCUGUGGAUGAGGCUAUCAAAUAUUUGGAACAGAAUCCAGAUGCUGAUGCUGAACAGCUCAAGGCUCAAAAGAAGUCUCUCGAAGAAAUUGUUCAACCCAUUGUGGCCAAACUGUACUCUGGUGGCACUCCUCCACCAACGGACAAGGAUGACUCGACAAAGGAUGAACUGUAGAAAAGACUAUAGAACUUCCAGAGGGUGGUUGGCAACUUGCGACUCUCACAAUUCAUCUGUUAACGAUCACAAGCUUCAUCAUUUGGCCGACACAUCCAGUUCCACCCAUCCUUUGGCUAGCUAAGUGUUCUCUUGGACUUGUUUGCCAUCCUCAUUCUGUGUACAAACUCAACUUGUAACUUAAGUUAUCUUUGAAGGGUUUUUUUUACAUGGGGUGUCAAAUAAAUACUUGUACAUAUGACUUA